AUGCUCUACACCAUCCUGGCCAUCCUCUUGGGCUCCAUCGUCUCCGCCACCCUUUUCGCUUCAUUCAUCUUCCGCCUCAUAGGUCGAACGAUUGGCUCUUCAAUCCGCAGCAAAACCGCCCACCGCCGCGAAAUCCUCCUCGACCGUGCUCUGACGGAGGAAAAGGGCGGGCUUGCAUCCMCAGCAUCUUCCACCUCCUCCGAGGACUGGGAGCGGAUCGAGUCUUCCUCGAAGACUCCUGCAUCUACAGAAACAUAUGAUGGAAUCAUCGGCUUCUUCCACCCUUUCUGCAAUGCAGGAGGCGGCGGCGAACGCGUCCUCUUCCAAGCCAUCCUCGCGACCCAACAGAAAUACCCUCGAGCACUUUGCGUAAUCUACACGGGUGACCACGAUGCAAGUAAAGAGCAGAUUUUGGAGAAUGCCAGAAAUCGAUUCAACAUCCACAUCAAACCCGCAAGAGUCGUCUUUCUAUACCUCACAACACGAGAUUGGGUUCUUGCGUCUCGAUGGCCGAGAUUCACCCUUCUGGGACAGUCACUGGGGAGUUUGAUGUUGGGAUGGGAUGCGUUUACCAUGCUGCCUCCAGACAUCUUUGUGGAUACUAUGGGCUAUGCGUUUGUGUUGGGACUGAGUCGAUGGUUGUUUCCCAAGACACCCACAGGAGCAUACGUGCACUACCCGACCAUCUCCACGGACAUGCUGUCUUCUCUGCAAGAUCAAACGACCACUCACGGAUUGAAUGCUGGUGGAGGCGCUGGUGUUCGAGGGAAGCUCAAGCAAACAUACUGGACUCUGUUUGCAAAGUUGUACUCGCAAAUCGGAGGAAGUGUGGAUGUGGUCAUGACAAAUAGCACCUGGACUCAGCGUCAUAUCUCCUCACUGUGGAGCGCGCUGCGAGUCGCGAAAGGAAAGAAGUUCCCAAUUACUGUCGUCUACCCUCCAUGUGCCGUCAAGGAACUGCAGAUGAAGAUUCCCCUCGAUCGAGAAAACUCCAAGCAGAGAAAGAAUGUGCUAUACAUCGCCCAAUUCCGUCCCGAGAAGAUGCAUGGCCUCAUCAUCGAUUCCUUCCAUGCAUUCCUGAAAGAACACCACUCUGAGACCAAGAUAGAAGACCGACCUAAGUUGAUACUCGUGGGGAGUGUCCGAGACGACCACGAUGAAAAGCGCGUCUAUGCUCUACGUCUCCAAGCUCAAGAAGUCAAAGAAAGUGUCGAAUUCGUCGUCAACGCCAAAUGGCCACAGAUCCUCGACUUCCUCCGAGAAUCGAGCGUCGGAGUCAACGGCAUGUGGAACGAGCAUUUCGGAAUCGGAGUUGUCGAGUACCAAGCUGCGGGACUUGUUUCCGUGGUGAAUGAUAGUGGAGGUCCGAAGGAAGAUAUCGUGGUGGAGAUUGAUGGCGGGAAGACGGGAUAUCACGCUAGUGAUAAGGAAGGGUUUGUGAAGGGGUUCGCACAAGCGUUGGGCAUGGGAGAGCAGGAAACAUUUGGGAUGAGGGAGAGGGCUAGGAAGAGCGCGUGGAGAUUUUCAGAGGAGGUCUUUGAGGAGAGUUGGGUUGGGGAGGUGGGGAAAUUGGUGGGCUUGUGUCAGUGA